AUGUCUCAAUUCACCCUCCCUCCCCUUCCCUUCGCCUACGAUGCCCUGGAGCCCGUCAUCUCCAAGCAAAUCAUGGAAAUCCACCACCAGAAGCACCACCAAACCUACAUCACCAACCUCAACGCCGCUCUAACCGCCCAAUCCGGCGCCCUCCAAUCCCAAGACGUCCCCCAGCUCAUCUCCCUGCAACAAAAGAUCAAAUUCAACGGCGGCGGCCACAUCAACCACUCCCUCUUCUGGAAGAACCUGACCCCCGCCAGCUCUCCCCAGGCGAAGCUCGAGUCUGCCCCUGGCGUCAAGGCGGCGAUUGAGAGGAAGUGGGGUAGCUAUGAGGGCUUCCAGAAGGUGUUUUCGGCGACCUUGCUGGGGAUUCAGGGGAGUGGGUGGGGCUGGUUGGUUGCGAAUAAGCCUAAGGGGGAGUUGGAGAUUGUGACGACAAAGGAUCAGGAUCCGGUUACGGGGGAUACGCCGCUUUUUGGGGUGGAUAUGUGGGAGCAUGCAUAUUAUUUGCAGUACCUGAACAACAAGGCCUCCUACGUCGACGGUAUCUGGAAGAUCAUCAACUGGUCUACUGCGGAGGACCGGUACCAGAAUGGCAUUGAGGGUCCUGCUGUUCUCAAGCUGUAAACUAGAUCAUUAUCAGAACUCAGUAUAUAUGCUAUGGUAUAUGAGCAUCAGAAUAACACGGAAAUGCCAUGAACAAUUCACCGAAACUCCAAAGCGACAAACAUUAGACAAAAUCAAUCGUAUCCAACAACCCCCGUCCCCAUCCUCCCAUCCGCAACAACAGUAACCUGUCUCCCCACAAUCCCCGUAUCCGAAAUCCCCAGGUCUAACCGUUCCGGCAACUCACAUUCCAUCUCCAUCUUUGACGUCCCAGGCUGGGGGCUCAGACGGAAGGCAUGCAGCGGCGAUGAUGCUAAUGUCGGUGAGGAUGUGAGAUCUCCGUACUUCCUAUUGUCCUUGUUAAUAGCGGCCCAGAUAUAGGUAAAGGAUAGAAAAGACUCACUCUAUCCGCAAGUCUAUUGCGGAAGACCCCCAGAGCGCAGCGAGAGUGUCUAUGUCAUUAUUGUCGGCGCGAAAGGUAGCU